AUGUAUACCACUUCGUCGAUUCUGCUCAAGUCCCUCGCCGAUAAUGGCAUUACGCACAUCUUCGUUAACUGGGGCUCAGACCACCCCGCCCUUCUCGAAGACCUCCAGCGGCAACGGAAGGAAGGAGAUGGGAAGACGGAACCGCAGAUUAUAACCUGCCCCAAUGAAAUGGUCGCAUUGAGCGCUGCUCAAGGCUUUACGCAGGCCACAGGGAGGCCAGCCGCUGUCAUCGUUCAUGUAGAUGUUGGAACCCAAGCUUUGGCAGGCGCGGUUCACAAUGUCGAUCGUGGCCGUGCCCCAGUUCUCAUCUACGCCGGAGCUUCUCCGUUCAGCAGGUUGGGUGAAAUGAAAGGAAGCCGGAACGAGUGGAUUCUUUCCGUUCAAGAUGUUCCUGACCAGCCUUCAAUCGUCCGGCAAUAUAUGCGCUACACUGCCCAGAUACCGAGUGGGAAAGUCGCUGCUCAAGUUGUGAACCGAGCGUUACAAAUCGCUACAAGCCAUCCAAAGGGGCCCGUAUAUCUUUGGGCCCGAAGAGAAACUACGGAGGAAGAAAUCGACGCGGCAUUAUUCAACUCUGGCCCCUCUCCGCGAAAAUGGCCAGCCAUUGAACCCACAGCCCUUUCAACAGCAGCGGCUGGCACCAUCGCUACCGCCUCUCCUUCAAGCCAAAGCACCUCUAAUCGUCACCUCGCACACUGGCCUAUUCCUGUCAUCGCCACAUGCGCUUCUGCUGUUGCAGUCCCAUUUUCACAUCCAUUUUUUCUUGGAACAACUUUCCUCAAUGGACGAACGCAUACCUCUCGCCUCGCAGAGGCAGAUGUAAUUAUUGUUCUCGACUCUGAUGUGCCCUGGAUCGAAGGGAUUCAGCCUCCCAACGAGCAUGCCCGUGUGUUUGUGAUCGAUUCGGGGGACCCGCUCAAGACUAUCUCGAGUGUGGGACAAUGGCAUGUCGAUGCAGCCUUGAUAUGCAACGCAGACGCAGCCUUGGCAUUGUCUGCCAUCAUCGCAAUAGUCGAAUCUAGCAACAUUUCGGUCGAUAUGAUUCAGCAACGGGCAGCAGAGCUUAUUGCAAGCCAUAAAGAAUGGGUUCAUUCUCUCGAUGUUUUAGAAGACACCUGGCCGAACGGUGUGCCAGGCGAUGUUAGGGCCACUUUACCGAAUUUCCUCGGUGUGCUCCGUCGUACUAUCGCCCAAUUAGUACCUUCUGGCGGCUUGGACAAGACGCUCGUUGUCAACGAAGGCAUCACUAACUACCCUCUCGUCUGGGAUCACAUGCGGACUGAGGCCCCGGGCAUGCAUAUAACCAGUGGCGGCUCCUCGUUAGGCUGGGGACUGGCUGCAGCCAUCGGCGCCUCUCUCGGUGGUCGCGAAAAUUAUGAGCUAAUCGUGGGAAUAAUUGGAGAUGGCUCGUAUCUCUUUGGGGUCCCGAGUUCAGCCUUUUGGAUUGCGCGCCGCUAUCAAACCCCGUUUCUCACCAUCGUGAUCAACAAUGGGGGCUGGAAGGCUCCCAAGCUCUCGAUGCUUGGCUGCCACCUCACCGGACAUGGGAGUCUGGCCUCCUCUGGCGUUGAGCUCUCCGUUGGCUUUGGCCCCGAUGUUCCAGACUACUCUCAAAUCGCAGUCGCGGCAUCAGCUGGAUGGGUGUGGGGUAAACGGAUUGGGACUGGUGAACACGGCCGCAAUCUGCAGACUGAAAUUGACACUGCGAUGGCCGAGGCAGUCAGAGUAGUAUUGGAGGAGAAACGAUGCGCAGUGCUGGACUGCGUAUUGGAUUCUUUUUGA